CUGUUUACACAGUCCACUUCUUUCUUCCUAGUUGGAAUGGUGUUCAUUAACUUUAAUUACUCCUUGUCUGUGUCACACAAUCCCAUUUUAUGAACUCAUAUUGUUAAUCAGAUAUAAUAAAACAGAGUAUAAGUUUACUUAGUUACAGUUCUAUUUGAAAUGGGGAUAUUGUUUAUUCAUUUAUUCAUAAUAAUUCUAACAGUCUGCUGGUUACCUCAGUGCUGGGAACACUCAGCUUCCUGGCUCUGAGAAAGACUCUUCCACCAGAGGAGGAGAUGCUCAAUGAGGAGGAAGGCCAGCCUUUGCUCUCAUCUCGCAUGAUGUAUAAGCAAAGGGUGGCAGUACAAGAUGCAAAGUCAGAAUUCAAGACAAUCCUGCAACUGCUCAAAACCAAAACCAUAUUGCUUCUGAGCUGUUGCAUGGCAUACAGUGGUCUGGAGCUAUCUUUCUACAGUGGUGUGUAUGGGACAUGUAUCGGGGCAACAAUAGAGUUUGGAGCGGCAGCUAAAGGCUUGAUUGGGAUCUCUGGAAUCGUGUUGGGGAUUGGAGAGAUAGUUGGUGGAGGAAUCUUUGGACUAGUAUGUAAGAAUAACCGCUUCAGACGGACAUCUGUGGUCUUCCUGGGGAUGGUCGUCUUCCUGGGGAUGGUCGUCUUCCUGGGGAUGGUCGUACACUACCAUUCAAAAGUUUUAGAACACCUACUCAUUCAAGGUUUUUUUUAACUUUAAUUUGGACUAUUUUCGACAUUGUCGAAUAAUAGUGAAGGCAUCACAACUAUGAAAUAAAACUGAU